CGCCCUUCUCCUCCUCUUCUUCCUCGUCCCUUCGGACAGCCGGGUUUCCCCUUCAGAAAUGGACGGCAAGCUGCCUCAGCUGGUGGAGGAGCUCACGACUUCGGGGGAGCCGCGCCUGGACCCCGCGAAGCUUAAGGAGCUGAAGAAGAUGUGCAAGUCCUCGGAUGAGCAUAUUACUCAUGUUUAUCACUUGCUGAUGACACAGCUGAAUCAAGAGCACGCAGAGAUACGGCUGUCAGCAUUUCAAGUUGUGGAUGAACUCUUCACCCGUUCUCAUCAGUUUAGGACUUUAAUCAUUUCGAACUUCCAAGAGUUCUUGGAGCUCACAGUGGAAACAGACUAUGAUCAGCCACUCCCCCCACCGGUUGAAGUGGCACAAAAGCUAAAAAGAGCUGCCAUUAAAUCUGUACAAGAGUGGCAUGAGAAAUAUGGAGAGGCCUACAAGAAACUUUCACUAGGAUUCCAUUUCCUAAAACAGAAUAAGAAGGUAGAUUUUCAAGAUACAAAUGCUAGAACUCUAGCAGAAAGGAAGAGAGAUGAAGAGAAACAAAAAAGGUUGGAUAAUAUUUACAAGGAAAAAGCCAAAAAAGCUGAGAGGGAAAUGGCAGAUAUGUCACAAGAAAUCAAAGCUGUGCUGACUGAGAUGGAGAAUUGUUUUCAGCUUCUGAUGCCGGAUCCCUUUGACUUCAUGGCAAAUGACACUGAAACAGUCAAUUGGAGGACGGCUGAACUGGACAAAACUGUUCCCUGCUCUUCUGUGGAGAGGGCAGCUCACCAGGCACAAUUACUUGACGAUAAUGAGCAGCCUUGCUGCAGCAAGGACCUUCCUUCCAUCUCUCUGGUUCCAAAAGCUGGUAACAAGAAAGACUUGAAUAGCGAAAUGGAGGAGAAUGGAGGCAUGGAAGACUCUUUAAGUUCUGCAUUGACUUCUGCUGCUGCCAGUGGAGAAGAUGAUUAUGCCACCUUUGUUCGGAGCCAUGGUCUUGGAUCUCAUAAAUACAGCCUCAAUCUUGAAAUAGCCACAGAUGUGAAAUUGCAGGAGAAUGAAGACAAUACAGCUAUAAUAAAUAACGCUAUGGACGCUUAUAAGCUCAUCAGAAACAAAUUCAUGCCUUCUGUACAGUCUUGGAUUCAGUUGUUCACAAGGGCUGGAAUAAAUGAUGAACAUCUAAGACAAGCCAUUGAUCUUAAAAACAAAUUGGAGCGUGCCACAGAGAAAUGUAAGGAAAUGAAUAUUGGCUUUAAAGACAGGAAGAUGACAAUGAUGAAGGCAACAGAUGACAGUGACGAGGAGGACGAGUUUGUAGACGUGCCUGAGAAGGAGGGCUACGAGCCCUACAUUCCAGACCACCUUCGUAAUGAAUACGGGUUGGAACCAGUAUCACCUUCAAAACCCUUUGCGACAGGAAGAGCAUCUGCAGCGGCCUCCCAGCCUAAAAGAAAUGAAGAAGAACUUGAUCCAACCUGUGCAGCUGCAACAUGGAAAAUGAUCCAAGAUAAACUGCCUAGAUUACAUCUUCCAGGUGCCAGGAAUUCUGAACCAGGGGCACCCAACAAUAAGUCUGAAGAAGAAAAAGCCAAAGCCCCUGUCGUACCGUUUGGGUUAGAUCUUUUCUACUGGGGCCAAGAGCAACCAGAUUCUGGGAAGAUUAUUAAAUGUUCUUCUCAGCAUCGCUUCUGGGCACCCAGCGAAAUGGAAGAGGAGGUGGAAAACAAAGAAGUUGCUGAGAUGUUGAAGAGUAGAUAUAUAACAUUUGCUGGCAAGUUUGAGCCAGUGAAACAUAAAUGCCGGGCACCAAUGCCGAGUGGAGGACUUUGUGAAAGGCAGGAUAGAUUUAAGUGCCCAUUUCAUGGGAAAAUAAUCCCCCGGGAUGAUUCUGGGACUCCUAUUGAUCAAGAAGACAGAGAGAGAGAAGCAAAGCAACAGUUUGAGAAAAAAGAAAAACAACCAGAGUGGCAAGAUCCAGAGUUCAUGAGAGAAGUUGAAGCAGCCACUGGGGUUGAUCUUGGAUCCUCUCGGUACAGUGGAAAAGGAGGGAAAAAGAAAGGGAAGAAAAAGAAAUAUGCAAACCUCACAGACCUGAAGCAGCAGGCAAACACUUCUCGCUCCCGCCUUGAAAAGAAAGUUUUUGAUAAAACAGCCAUGAAGCGGGUGGUGAAAGCAAUGAAUCGCAUGGAUCAAAGAAAACACGAAAAGUUUGCAAACCAGUUUAACUAUGCACUAAAUUGAGUUGCCAUAAAUGGCAAAACUGCAGGGACAUUUGCCAGUACUGCCACUCUGUAGAGGAAAGCAUUUUAUUGGAGUAGUUUGCUUAGUAUCAACAUGUUUUUACAAUGAACAUGAAUCGUACACAUAAUUUUGUGUGUGGUUAUAUUGAUAACUGUCCUGAUCUCACUUUAAACAGAAGACUUGUGGUUUGUAUAUAUUCUAACACCACUCUAGAUUUUUUUUCUUUUUCUUUUUGGUGGACUGCAGAUUUUCAGCUUUUAAUACCUUGACUCAAUGGUCACAGAUGAUGGGAGUUGUAGUCUAGCAACAUCUGGCACCCCACAUGUUCCCCAUCCUCUAUGCUUCAGGGCCCACACUCCCCCCUUUUUUUCUUUUGGUACAUUCCUUUUCCAACCCCUGCAUUUACUUUUCC